AUGAUGUAAAGAUGGAACCGAGAGAGAUUUGAAGAUGCUGGCACUGAAGACUGGAGAGAUGUGGCCAUGAGCCAAGGAAUGCCAACAGCCACCCAAACCUAAAAGAGGCAAAAGAUGGAUUCCUUCCUAGAGCCUCUGGAGCGGGCACCGGACUGACCACACCUUGAUUUUGGUCCACUGAGACUGAUUUCAGACUUCUGUCCUCCAGAAUGUGUACUUGUUCUGAUGUUUCGCAUAAGGCUGAGCCUGUUGACAAAGCUACCAGUGCUUAGGGACCAGCUGUCACUAUAAGGAAUUUUGUCACCUAUCUUCCUCAAGAUUACAUGAUCAUUUACCCAGAAAAUCUAUAGGAGAGAAACUAUUGACACAAACAAGACAAUUUGUUUGAUGGUGACAGUGCCUACGUGGGGAUGAGUGACGGGAACCCAGAGCUGCUAUCGACCAGCCAGACCUACAGCAGCCAGAGCGAGAGCAACGAAGACUAUGAGAUCCCCCCGAUAACACCUCCCAACCUCCCUGAGCCAUCCCUCCUGCACCUGGGGGACCACGAAGCUGGCUACCACUCACUGUGCCACAGCCUCACGCCCAACGGACUGCUCCCUGCCUACUCCUACCAGGCCAUGGACCUCCCAGCCAUCAUGGUGUCCAACAUGCUGGCCCAGGACAGCCACCUGUUGUCUGGCCAGCUGCCCACGAUCCAGGAGAUGGUCCACUCGGAGGUCGCUGCCUAUGACUCCGGCCGGCCGGGGCCCCUGCUGGGCCGCCCUGCGAUGCUGGCCAGCCACAUGAGCGCCCUCAGCCAGUCCCAGCUCAUCUCUCAGAUGGGCAUCCGGAGUGGCAUCGCCCACAGCUCCCCGUCCCCCCCAGGGAGCAAGUCAGCCACGCCCUCCCCCUCCAGUUCAACUCAGGAGGAGGAAUCAGAAGCGCAUUUCAAGAUGUCGGGAGAGAAGAGACCUUCCACCGACCCAGGAAAAAAGACCAAGAACCCAAAGAAGAAGAAGAAGAAGGAUCCCAACGAGCCACAGAAGCCUGUGUCGGCCUAUGCGCUCUUCUUCAGAGACACUCAAGCUGCCAUCAAGGGACAGAACCCCAGUGCCACCUUCGGGGAUGUGUCCAAAAUCGUGGCCUCCAUGUGGGACAGCUUGGGAGAGGAGCAGAAGCAGGCUUACAAGAGAAAGACCGAAGCGGCAAAGAAGGAGUAUCUGAAGGCUCUGGCAGCCUACAGGGCGAGCCUUGUCUCCAAGAGCUCCCCAGAGCAGGGUGAGACCAAAGGCACGCAGGCGAACCCGCCAGCCAAAAUGCUGCCGCCCAAGCAGCCCAUGUAUGCCAUGCCAGGCCUGGCCUCCUUCCUGACGCCGUCGGACCUGCAGGCCUUCCGCAGCGGGGCGUCCCCCGCCAGCCUGGCCCGGACGCUGGGGUCCAAGACCCUGCUGCCAGGCCUCAGCGCAUCCCCGCCGCCGCCACCCUCCUUCCCACUCAGCCCCCCACUGCACCAGCAGCUGCCACUGCCGCCCCACGCCCAGGGCACCCUCCUCAGUCCACCUGUUAGCAUGUCUCCGGCCCCCCAGGCUCCGGUCUUGCCCACUCCCAUGGCACUGCAGGUGCAGCUGGCAAUGAGCCCCUCACCUCCAGGGCCACAGGACUUCCCUCACAUCUCCGAGUUCCCCAGCGGUUCGGGACCCCGCUCACCGGGUCCGUCCAACCCCCCGAGCAGCAGCGGCGACUGGGAGAGCAGUUACCCCAGCGCCGAGUGUGGCGUCAGCACGUGCAGCCUGCUCCCCAGGGAUAAAUCGCUCUACCUCACCUAAUCCCGCCUCCCCUCUCCUCCCUGAGGCUUGCUGGAGGGGCACUGCUCAGAGCCUGAAGGGCCCACAGCAGAAGGGAAGCCUGGGCAGGAAGCAGGAUGACCGGGAAGAGAGCAGUGACACAGCGACGACGCCCCAGGGCCGAGUCUCUUCCUCGACCUCCCACCAGACCCUGCAGAGGCGGUCCUCCGCCCACCGCCGCCCGCAGCACCUGUGGGCACCUUCUGCCCCCGGUCCGCCUGCUCCGGGGCUGCCGUGGACCCCGCCCCCUGCCCUGCACACCGUCCUCUGUGUCUGGACCUCCGGCCCGGCCCAGGCUCCCCGGCGACUGCCCUCCGACCGAAACCCACCCCCAGAUGCAUGGACCCGGGCUGUCUGGCCGAGGACGUGCAAACGCGCUUUUAUGGUGUGAACAAAGAUUACCGAACCUCUGAACUGUUGGUUCCAUGUAAGUAGUUGACUAAGUGUUUUAGACCCGGGCUGAAGACAUCGAUAAGAUGAUUUUGUGGGGAAGGGGAGUAGUUUCCUUUAAGGGGAAGAGCAUUUUAUAUGACCCCUUAGCACAUUUUUUUUUCUUUUUUUGCAUUUUCUCUUGAGGGAGACGUGCACAAAAGCAGCCGCCACACUGUUCCCCACCCCCGCAACCCCCUGUGGCCAGAGCCAGACCCCUGCCCCGUGAGGCCAGAGCCUGACCGCUUAGAGCCCACACUUGGAGACGUUGCGCUUUUUUUUUUUUUUUAACCCUGUAUCCGUCUAUUUAAAAUUGCCAACACGACUUUCAUCUAUUUAUGAAGCAAAGUUGAGAACAGAAAUGCAGUUUAUCAUAACGUGUGUGUGAUUUUCGGGUUUGCUUUGGGCUUUGGUUCUUGAAGUUGUUUGCAGCGGUUUCCUGGCCCUGGCCAGUGUCCGUCCUGGUGCCCAGUGCUUCUCUCGGUUUCUUUAUAAUAAAACUUCUGAAAAGUUGAAAACCCGUC